CGGCUCUCCCUCAGGAGGAAACGCGACGUUCGGCUGAGGGGCGCCCGGGCUCGGAGCUGUCUCGGCGGCGGCAGCGGCUCUGGCUGCUCCCUUCAUUAUCGUGGAGUUUGAACGAAAGACGGACGGACGACGGACUGCCGCCCGGCAUGAACCGCGUCCAGCGCGGAGGCGGAGGGGGAAGCCGCGGCCUCGGCACCAUGGAAGUGAAGAGUAAGUUUGGUGCAGAGUUCCGACGAUUUUCUUUGGAAAGGUCCAAGCCAGGCAAAUUUGAGGAAUUUUAUGGAUUAUUGCAACAUGUCCACAAAAUACCCAAUGUUGAUGUCCUAGUUGGAUAUAUAGACAUUCAUGGAGAUCUCUUGCCUAUCAACAAUGAUGACAAUUAUCACAAAGCAGUGUCUACAGCUAAUCCUUUGCUUCGUAUUUUUAUUCAAAGAAAAGAAGAUGCAGACUACAGUGCCUUUGGAACAGAUACCAUAACCAAGAAGAAAAAUGUCUUAACAAAUGUAUUGCGUCCAGAUAACCAUAGAAAAAAGCCUCACAUUGUUAUUGGUAUGCCACAGGACUUCAGACCAGUGUCUUCUAUUAUAGAUGUAGACAUUCUUCCAGAAACCCAUCGCAGAGUGAGGCUUUAUAAAUAUGGAACUGAUAAGCCUCUAGGAUUUUAUAUUCGGGAUGGUUCUAGUGUCAGGGUAACAUCCCAUGGCCUAGAGAAAGUACCAGGCAUUUUCAUAUCCAGGCUUGUUCCCGGAGGCUUGGCUCAAAGCACAGGUUUGCUUGCUGUUAAUGAUGAAGUUCUAGAAGUGAAUGGUAUAGAAGUUUCAGGGAAAAGCCUUGAUCAAGUUACAGACAUGAUGAUUGCUAACAGCCGCAACUUGAUCAUUACUGUGAGACCAGCGAAUCAGAGAAAUAAUGUUGUUAGGAACAGCCGGACUUCUGGUAGCUCAGGACAGUCUACAGACACCAGCCUUCCAAGUUACACUCCACAUACUAUUCCUAUCUACCAACCUGAUGAGGAGGAAGACAGUGAUGAGGACGAUAUCAUCAUUGAAGAUAAUGGUGAACCACAGCAAAUUCCAAAAGCUGCUCCUUCCAGUGAAAGUCUAGAGUCACUAACACAGACUGAAAACCAUCAUGAAUCAAUGCAAAAUGGCUUAAUUUCUUCAAGAGAAGGAAAUUUGUAUUGUUCAGUGAGCAGCAUUAAUAUGGAAUACAACAUCCAGGACUCCCAAAAGCCUUUAGAAGAAGAUGGAACAAUUAUAACAUUGUGAAUCUACAUCAGUUUAUUUACUUUUUGAAAUUAAAAGGCAAUUUUUUCACUUGGCUGUACUUAAAGCAGAACAUACCUCUUAAUUAUCAUGUUCCGGUCACUUCUUAUUUCUAAUACAGAGCUAUAAUUUACGUCAUUUUUUCCAUUUUGACAUAUAGCUGAGUGAGUAGUAUUUUGGAACAUGGGCUGGUUCUCAUGUUAAAGUUUCAGACAGGACUGAAACUAUGCAGACUCUUCCCACCCACAUUUCACUAAACAGUAUAGAGGUGGUUUUGAGAUAAAGUGUGGCUAGAGAUGUGAGAAGGAAUUUAAUAGUAUAAGGUUCCUGUCUUGAUAUUUGCUUGUGUGGAUUACUAUACAGUACAUAUAUUUUAACCUAAUUCUGUUAGUACAGUCUCAUUCCUCAUAUGAGAAGAAGCCUAAAUAGUACCUUAUUUCAGCACAAAAAUAUUGAAGAAUCUUGUCCACUGGUUACAGCUGUUUUAGCUCUCCCCAAUCCAGUCACAUGUUAAAUUAAAUCUUUCGGAGUGAUUAAUGAUAAGUGUCAGAUAAUAUUUUUAAUUAUUGUAACAUUUAAACAAUGUAUAUUACUAGAAAGGAGAGCCCACUGGACUGAUUGAUGCACUGGGUAGCUGAGAGAUACAACUAUGUUGUAACUUUUAAAAUUAAUAUUUGAUUAUAUUGUGAUCUACUACUGAUGAUUGAGGGAUAAAUCUUCAUUGCAAAUUAGGUAACUAUCUGAAAAUUGUUAAGUUGCUUGACUGGUUAUACUAUGUAUAGCUGUGUACAUUUUGCUAUUUAAUGAGGGAAACAAAGAUCUUAAAAUCUUAUGAUGAAAUCAGGAUCCAUUAAAACAAUGCAGUUUUCAGUUUCCAUCAGUGAGAGUCAGAGUAAUGACAUCAAGAGCUCACAGCCAUUGAGCAGUUGCCAGAGCCUACCACUGAUGCAUGACUUUCCUCUUCCCUUGUCCAUAGUUCUUGUCUGGUACUCUGAGCUAAAUUUGAGAUCCAGACCCCUUUUUAUUUCAUCCCGGCAUCUAACCUGGUAUUGCUCUGGUGCGAUACUAGUUUGGCUAAUUUAGACUGCCAACGUAGUCAGGUAAGCCAAGAGGAGGGAGCCCAUCAGAGAUACUUUGCUCAGUGUCCUCUGAAAUCUAGAACUGGCCCUGUGUUAUUAUACCUAUAAUGUAAAAGUCAUACAAAUAUUCUUCAUCUGGCUAUCCUAACGGGUUCUUUUAAUUUAUAAUAUCUGGUACUGUUGCGUGUGUUAUGGAAUGGAUUGCAUUAUUUCUAAAUACAUAAGCAAGUUUUAAUGAUGAACUAGGAUAUCAGGAUUCUUACAGUUGGGGUAAUGGCUUUGUAUGAAGGGUCUUCUGUAUUGAAAAGACAAACUGUAUAUAUUCAUGAAUAAACCAUUUGGUUUUUUAAGUUGCUUUCCCUUCAACAAAGAGCUUUUAAAAAAAAAUAAAGCUGUUAGCAAAUAACAUAUUUUUAUUUUAUCUUUUGGGCAUGUGCUUUUAACUUUAUCUUCACAUAAUUGUGGCAAUCUGACUAAAAGAAGGUGUAGUUCCAUAAACUGAUAUGAUAAUCUGAUUGCAUACUUUUUCAUCACAGGUACAUAUGUUUGAUAUCAUUAUUGAUCUAACAUGGCAAGUCAUACUGUAAAAGAAAUACUAAAUGUAAGAUUGUUAACUUACACAGAAGCAUGAAACCAAACUAUUAGUGGAAGAGUUGGGUGUUAAUUUAUUGUGGAAACAUAGACAUAUAGAAUUAUUGUGCUGCUUAAUUCAUCAGUUUCCAUAUUUUUAUACUUGGCAGCAAUCAUAUGCAUGCCCAUUUUGGAUAUGUUACCCUGCAAUUAUAGAAUAAGGAACUGGUUUCUUAAUUAUGCUUAAAUUUUAUUCCUUAAGUAAAUAACCUUAAUCAGAUAGCUUUAUAAUGAUGUGGAGUGUGCUCUACAUAUAUAUAUGUAUGCACACAUACAUGCAUACACACAUACUCUUGUAAAAAAUAAAGCAAAGUUAACUUGAGAUUGUUUUAUAAUACUUAAAAAUUAAACAUUGAGAAUUUGACAAAAAAAAUAAAUGAACACUGGUGGAGUGACAAGCAAAGAGUCCGUACAUUUUGCUAUUAAACUGACAGGCUGCUCUGCAUAUAAUUGCAAAGUAAUGCAGCUGCCAUGGUGAUAGAAGUGUAAACAGUUUAUCACUACUGAUUUUUAAAAAGUAAAUCUUAUAAAAUCAACUUCUUGAAAUAAAAUACAGCUAAUUUUAAUUUUAUAUGUAAAACAAUACUGAGCUUCAGUAUAAUUAAGCAAUGAUGUAGAUUUUCAUAUACUGUACUACCUCUUAAACCUUUAACAGUCAACACCUGAGGAGGGGCUGUCUGUCCCCUGCUGGAGGAAUACAUGAAGGCAUAAUAUGUAUACUUUUUUUAAACUAUAAGACUGACUGACAGUAAGGAACUUAGAUUUUAUUUGAAGUUUUAAUAUUCUGUUGUGUGCUCUUAGUAUCCAUGUAUAUGCACAUUCUCAGUUUUUGAUUAAAGCUUACAUUACUACCCUGUUUCCCCUAAAAUAAGACCUAACCUGAAAAUAAGCCCUAGUAUGAUUUUUCAGGAUGCUCGUAAUAUAAGUCCUUCUCCAAAAAUAAGCUCUGGUUAAAUGAAACUCCACCAUUGUGCAGCAACCAGAAUAUGACAUGACUGUAUUUGAAUAAAUGUAUAUGGUUGUACAUGACAAAAAU